UAGGACGCAUCUUGGACGCUCCCGAUACGCACCGAAACCAGGCGAAAUCCCGAUGUGUGGUUAACACGUGUUGGAGACUGGACCAGAGCCGCCUUCCAUAUGGGCGAAUUCAAAACGCACAGAGCGCUGCUGUAUCUCACCCUCCAAGAACAAGAAUGACCUCUUCACGAAGAGCGAUAACAAGUUCGACAAGUAACGGUAAUUUAUGUGAGGUUUGUGGAAUCAAACCGAAAUAUGUAGACUCUUCGGGAGCGACGCACUCGUUCUGUGGACGAACAUGCGCUGCUCGCGGCUCUACCACCGGUGCCGCCACAAAGUCUCCUACUUGCAGGAUCAGGGGCUGUAGGAAUGUGGUGGAUCCCACUUUCCAAGGUUUCUGUUCAGAAGGUCAUGCAAAACAAGGGGUCGGUACCGGCCUCGUGCAAGGAUGCUCCCGCUGCAAAAUCUUACCCCAGACAAAUGGCCAGAUGUGCUCCAGAUGCGCACAGCUACCCGCUGAUGCACCGCGAAUGUGGAAUAUCAACAAUUCAGGUACUGUGUGGAGAGAAUUCGAGCGCGAGUGGAAUGACAGAUGGAGUGAUGGAAACUCAGCAACGAUCGAGCAGUUAUUCGAAAUAUCAUAUCCGCCUGCCAUCGCCGAUGAAAAAGAUUCAUAUUGCCAACACCUGAAAUCGACUGGGGGUAUGCGGCUAUUUCGCACCUUCCACGCUUCCCAGUGUAUAUGUGACAUGGGAACCAAUGGGCCGACGUUGUGUACCUGGGGCUCAUGUGGCAUCUGCAACAUUGUCAAGUCCGCUUUCAGGGAGAUCGCGUUUGGUGCUCCCUUCAAUAAAGGACGACACGGGAAUGGUUUGUACUCUUGCACUAAUCCCUUUGGGGCAGACCGUUUUGCAACUUCAUGCUUGAGCUCACCGUAUCGGGUGAUGAUCGCAUGUGAUGUUGUCCUACCUCAAGUUCCGAGUAAAAACAACUCGGUUCUGACGGACGACUUGAUUGUGGUUCGAGACCCGGCUGCUAUUACUCCAAGAUACGUUGUGAUAUAUACCAAAGCCAAGUGAGAGGUCAGCCUGGAUUGCUGCAUGACAGGUAUGCCGGCGGCAAGAGUUAGCAAACCGCACGAAAAGUACGAGCAGAGAUAUCAGCCGUCAGUCAUCGAUAAGUGUUAGGGGGUGCCUCGUUGCAAACUCCUGGCUAGAAUACAUCCGCUAUGAGCAACUUGCAAUGUGGAUGGUCGUUAUCCUCGAAUGGACUGGCAUCGAGGAUGCAACGUGUUUGAUCUGGUUCCUCAAAAAUCAAAUUGCGGGAGCUUCUUAUUUCAUCUCCAACGCGAAAGUAGUCCAU